CUGGAAAGAAAGGGCUUGGCUGUAGCUCCAAACAUUGGUGCUCAUUUGUAAACUUGAGCUGUUUGGAGAAAACCGAUUUGCUGGGUUGCUGCUGCUGAUUUGGGAGCCCCUGUUAUAAAGGACACAAAUAGCAGCGAUUGCAGCAGCAGAGGGACAGAGAAUGGGGUCAUUCAUAUUCGUAUCACUUACCAUUCCUCAUGAGGCAGCUGCUUGCUUGCUUGCUUGCUUACUUACUUGGAGCAUGAGGUCACUAUUCCAAUCCUGAACUAAACAGCGGCUUUCUUUCUAAACGAAGCAGGACAUCGGUGAUACCUAGGUAAUGAUUAACUGAAGAUGACAGGCCCUUGGACAGUGUGUUGCAAGAAAAAGAAUACGCCCAAGAAUGGAUUACAGGAAUUGGACUCAGUGGCAGAGGACAAGAAGGAAAAAAUGCAGAUGAAACAAGAAAUCACUUUGUUGAAUGGCAUUUCUUUAAUAGUAGGGAACAUGAUUGGCUCGGGGAUAUUUGUAUCACCCAAGGGAGUUCUGAUGUACAGUGGCUCCUAUGGACUCUCGCUCCUUCUCUGGGCCCUUGGUGGGAUCUUUUCAUUGUUUGGAGCACUGUGCUAUGCUGAGCUGGGGACAUCCAUCAUUAAAUCAGGAGCAAGCUAUGCUUAUAUUUUAGAAGCCUUUGGAGGCUUCAUAGCCUUUAUCAGACUGUGGUCUUCCUUGCUUAUUAUUGAACCAACAACUCAAGCAGUCAUAGCCAUCACUUUUGCUAACUACAUUGUUCAGCCAAUCUUUCCAUUCUGUGAACCACCCUAUGGAGCAGUCCGGUUGAUUGCGGCUGCCUGCAUCUGCUCCCUGACAUUUAUUAACUGUGUCAAUGUGAAGUGGGGGACCAGAGUACAAGAUCUUUUCACAUAUGCUAAAGUUAUGGCCCUUAUUAUGAUAAUAGCUGUGGGUCUGUAUAAGAUUAGCAAAGGAGAAACAGAUAAUCUCAAGGAACCAUUUGAAGGUUCAACUGCUGAUGCAGGAUUAAUUGCGCUUGCUCUGUAUUCAGCGCUGUUUUCCUACUCUGGAUGGGAUACGCUGAAUUUUGUCACAGAAGAAAUGAAAAACCCAGAAAGGAACCUGCCACUUUCCAUCGCAAUUUCCAUGCCUAUAGUGACAAUCAUUUACCUACUAACUAAUGUGGCCUACUAUGUCGUGCUAGACAUGCCUGCUCUGCUAGCAAGUGAUGCUGUGGCUGUGACUUUUGGAAAUGAAACCCUUAGCUAUGCAAAGUGGAUCAUCCCAAUUGCAGUGGCCAUGUCUUGUUAUGGAGGAUUAAACUCAUCAAUAAUUGCAGCUUCCAGGCUUUUUUACGUUGGGGCCAGAGAAGGACACCUCCAUGACAGCCUGAGUUUGAUUCAUGUAAAAUGUUUCACACCUGUUCCUGCUCUUCUUUUUAAUGGUUUAAUGACUCUGGUUUAUCUCCUUGUGGAAGACAUCUUUCUCUUGAUCAAUUACUAUUGUUUCAGCUAUUGGUUCUUUGUUGGGUUAUCCAUUGCAGGAUUAAUAUAUUUAAGGUACACCCACCCCAACAGGCCAAGGCCUAUCAAACUCAGCCUUUUCUUCCCCAUUGUGUACUGCAUAUGCAGCCUUUUCCUAGUCAUUGUUCCUCUCUACAGUGAUACAAUCAAUUCCAUUAUUGGAAUUGGCAUUGCACUCUCUGGAAUUCCUGCAUACUUUUUGGGAGUCUAUUUGCCAACUGAAAGGAGACCUCGAUUUCUUCAGUGGCUUUCUGCCACAACCACAAAGUUUGUUCAGAUGCUAUUCUACUGUUGUCUGACAGAGCUGGACCUUGAAACAGAGAUGCCAGAAACCAAAGCCAAGUAGAUUGGCAGUUUCCACACUUGAAGCAUCCAUGUGGCUGGAAAUGUUCUGUUGUGCUCUUGGACUGUGCCAAGGGACUCCACAACUGUACUGUGCAUCAUUUUGAUGUUUCUUAAUCUGUGCUACAUUAUUAGCUUUUCUUUGGUCUGAUUACCAGUUUGUGAAGUCUUUUUACUGAUUCAGUUUCUGGUAAUUAAACUAUUUCGGGAGUUGUGGAGGGGUUUAAAUGCAUUAUACAAAAACAAGUACUUGAUAAGUGCUAAGGGUUUUCUUUUUUAGGUUAA